AAGGUCACCAAUCCAGGGGAGCCUAGAGGAAGAGUGAGCAACAGUAUGUAGCAACAGUUCAAGGUAAUAACCAGGAGGUGUGGUACAAAAAGCUCCAGUCCUGCCCUGGGAAGCAGAAGACCAGCUCACAAGCUCUUUCGUCUGGAUUUGCACACGGCCAGCCUUCUCCAGGAUCACCUUGUAAUAGAAUCUGCCCCCAACCCACACCAGUGAUUUCUGGUUCCUAGUGAAGGUUUCUUGGAGCCAUAAACUAACUAUGACUGGGUGGAGCUGCCUCGUGACAGGAGCAGGAGGGUUUUUGGGACAAAGGAUCGUCCACUUACUGAUGGAGGAGAAGGAGCUGCAGGAGAUCAGAGCCCUGGACAAAGUCUUCAGGCCGAGAGUGAAGGAAGAAUUUUCUAGAUGUUUCCCAGACAGAUCCAGAAAGCCGUCUCAUGACCUGUCUGGUGUUCACGCAGAGCUCCAGAACAAGAUCAAGCUGAUAAUGCUGGAAGGAGACAUUCUGGAUGAGCAGUGCCUGAGGAGAGCUUGCCAGGGUGUCUCUGUUGUCAUUCACGCAGCCUCCAUCAUUGACGUCAUGAAUGUCAUCCCCAGGACGGUCAUCAUAAAUAUCAACCUGAAAGGUACCCAGCUCCUGUUGGAGGCCUGCAUCCAAGCGAGCGUGCCAGCCUUCAUCUACACCAGCAGCAUAGAGGUAGCGGGGCCCAACUCCUACAGGGAGGUCAUCCAGAAUGCCAGCGAAGAAGACAAUCAUGAAAAUGAAUGGUCCAGUCCCUACUCGUAUAGCAAAAAGCUUGCUGAGAAGGCCGUGCUGGAAGCUAAUGGGAGGGCUCUUAAGAAUGGUAACACCUUGUACACUUGUGCCCUAAGGCCUAUGUAUAUCUAUGGGGAAGGAAGUCCAUUCAUUUAUAGGUCUAUAGAAAAUGCCCUGAAGAGCAAUGGCAUCAUAUCAAAUGUUGGUUGGCUUUCCACAGUCAACCCAGUCUAUGUGGACAACGUAGCCUGGGCCCACAUUCUGGCCUCGAGGGCCCUGCUGGACCCCAAAAAGGCCUCAAGCAUCCAAGGGAAGUUUUACUACAUCUCAGAUGACACGCCUCACCAAAGCUAUGAUGACCUCAAUUACAACCUGAGCAAAGACUGGGGCCUCUCUGUUGACUCUGGACCAAGAAUGCCUCUGUGUGUGCUCUACUGGAUUGCCUUCCUGCUGGAAACUGUGAGCUUCCUACUGCGUCCAAUUUACAAAUAUCGACCCCCUAUCACCCGCCACGUGCUGACCUUGGCUAACAGUGUGUUUACUUUCUCCUACAAGAAAGCUGAGCGAGAACUAGGGUAUAAGCCACUCUUCAGCUGGGAGGAAGCCAAGCAGAGAACCUCAGAGUGGAUUGGUAGCCUGGUGAAAGAGUACGAGAAGAGCCUGAAGCCAAAGACUCAGUGAUGUGAGAAUAACAGGAAUGAGGAUGUGUGAGAUGUCUGACAAGCUCUCCCCUUCUGGAUUCCUAGAGAAAGUGACAUGGGCGCAAACUUAGGUGCUACUGCCUCCCUCUUCCCCAAUGGCCCACUGACUAUCUUCUAUUGCUACCAGAAAACUUCCCUGCCACUCACCCAGCCAGAAACAUCCGCCCUACCCAUCCACCAGAGGACUAGGCAAGGUUUGCAUCAGCUGCCUUUCCUCCCUUAAAUAAUAAAUCACGUAUCUUCUAUCUUAAAAACUCC